ACAGAAGGGAAGGAGGGAAAACAGCACAGAACACACAAAAAACCCAAAUCCUGACAGGUUUAGACCUAGUUUAAACUUGGUUUAAACAUGUAUUAGUUGUGUUUCAAACCUAGUUUAGACUUGGUUUAGAUAUGGGCCAAGUUUAGACUUAGUUUAAAUAUAAUAUGGGUUAGUCCUGGGUUAGAACUGGUUUGAACAUGGAUUAGCCUCAAUUUAAUCCUAGUUUAGAACUGGUUUAAAAAUGGGUUAUUUCUGAUUUAGUCCUGGUUUAGAACUGGUUUAAACAUGGGUUAGAAGGACUACUCUGAGAUCAUAAAUGGAUUAAACAUGGACCUCCAGCAGAACUUCACACAAAAAUCCCAAAGCUAGACCAUCUGACCAACCAAGUCUGAGCACCUAAUCCACGAUCCUACCCAGUCCAGUUUGAGUCCACCCCCAGAUCGCCCGUGUCUCCAGGAUGGCGGAGGGGCUGUUGCAGGUGCACGUGCCCGAUUUCGGCAGCUCAGUGCUGGGUAGUCUGGAGGAGCAGCGGGCCUCAGGGCAGUACUGUGACGUCCAUAUCCUGGUGCAGGGGCAGAUCUUCAAAGCCCACCGAGCCGUGUUAGCAGCUUCCUCACUAUACUUCAGAGACCUUUUCAGCUCCGAGCCGGACCACAUACAGUCCUCAGAGUCGCCCUCAGUGCUGGAGCUGCCCUCCUCUGUGUCCCCAGCGUGUUUCGAGCAGAUCCUGUCCUUCUGUUACACGGGUCGCCUGGUGGUGGCGCCGCAGGAGCAGCUGGUGCUCAUGUACACAGCGGGGUACCUGCAGAUCCAGAACAUUGUGGAGCGAGGGAUGGAGCUGCUAAUGAAGAGCGCCUCCUCUUCCUCCUCUCCGCUUUGCUGCGACUCACAGACAUCUGCAGAAGAGCUGGGAGGUUUUGAGCCCCCUGUGCCCCAGAACAGCGCCCCCCACAGGGAGAGUCCAGACCAACCUUGUCUGAGCUCGGAGGAACUGCUGCUGUCUGUGAGCCGGAUCAAACAGGAGAGAGCCGAUACUCCACCCACUGAAGAGGAGCCAGAGCCUAGGGGCGAGCUGAGGGGCGGGGCUCUCUGUUACCUGAGUGCAGGCGUGGCUCAGAUGCAGUCAUUUUUAAUGCCACCAGGAGGGCGCUGUAGUCCUGGCUCCAGUCCUCAAGCCACAGAGGAGGAACUGGACGAUGACUUUUACACCAGCGCGGUCAGCACCAGCCUGUACCAGCACCUCUAUCCCUACGUCCCGGAGAAGUUGGACAUGCUGCCCCUCCCAUUGGCCAAUGAGCGGCGUGCGUGUGUUCUGAUUGGCCGAGACAACAUGGCCCUUCCAGCGAGUUUGGUGAGCCAGAUUGGCUACCGGUGCCACCCGGCGCUGUAUGCGGAGGGGGACCCCGGGGAGAAGCUGGAGCUGGUGGCUGGGUCCGGGGUGCUCAUGACCCGAGGACAGCUCAUGAACUGCCACCUGUGUGCGGGUGUCAAACACAAGGUCCUGCUCCGGAGGCUUUUGGCCACCUUCUUCGACAGAAACACACUAGCUAACAGCUGUGGGACUGGGAUCCGCUCCUCCACCAACGAUCCCACCAGAAAACCUCUGGACAACAGGGUCCUCAACACCGUCAAAUUGUACUGUCAGAACUUCGCUCCAAACUUUAAGGAGAGCGAGAUGAAUGUGAUCGCGGCCGACAUGUGCACCAAUGCUCGCCGUGUCCGCAAACGAUGGCUGCCCAAGAUCCAGUCCCUGCUCCCGACUGCCCCCCCCAACCGGCUCAAAACGCGGAGGGGCGGUGCUAGUGCCGGGGGUGUGACCAGCCUCAGCCAAUCCACGACCUCCCCCUUCGACGCGGAUCUCCGCUCCUACCUGCCUCUGCCAGAUCUGCUGAAAGAGAAGGAGGCGGGGCUAGCGUCACACCUGCCGACCGUUACGUCACGAGCAGGCGGGUCCGAAGCAGGGGCCGGGCAUGCAGCGGAAGGGGUGGGAGUAAUAGGAGGCGCUACCGGCGCUGAUGGCGGACAAUCUUUGGAACAGCAUGAGUCGUCCUCUGAUGCAUCGUGCACGUCGUCGCAUCCCUCCCCCCAGCCCCCAGACCAGGACUAAACCACAACUCAACCAGGUCUUAAACCGGACUAACCUAGGACUUAGGUCCAAAUCAAGUCUGAACCUGGCAUAGACUAUGUGCAUCGACAAGUGACAACUCAAUACAAAGAAAGACUAUUCCACAUCAGUUCCAAUGACCAGAAUCUGAACUUGCGUUUUCACUAGAUUAGAUUUGAAUGUAUUACUAACCUACUAAACUGUGUCAUUUUGAUUUCAGUUAGAAAUCAGAAAAUCAGUCAGAAAAAUCUUUAAGUGGGACUAAAAACCUAAACUGCCCCCAAUCUCAUUUCAAGUAGAGCCUCCUAAUCGGACAGAACCUGGAGGUCGAGAGGGCAGAGUGAGGGGGUCGGAGGUGCAUGGUCUGGAAUUAUAAGGAACAGUGUAAUUGGUAUAACAGAUAUUCACAUUACAAUCUCCACUUUUGCACCCACGUAUUUGUAAUCAGAAACAUUGGGCUUUAUUCAAGACAGGCCUACGUGAUGUUACCAACUACUGGAAAUUGCUGUGGCCACUGAAGGCACACAAAUUUAACUAGUUUGCACAAAAAAUGCUAGGAAUAGUACAUAAUGCUAUUCGAACAACAUAUGCACAGUUUAGUGGCAAAAAUAGUGAAUUUAGUGUUUAGUUCCACUUAAAUUUAGUCAAAUAGUCUAGGCUCAAUAUCUGAACUAGUGAACUCUCAAAUGACGAUUGAUACUCUCUCCAAAUGUGUAUGUCUGGGCUGUGUGAAAAAUGGAACUAGUGUUUGUCACUCGUGAAAUGUUAAGUGCAAUGUACCAGACUUCUCUGCACUACUGAACAAGAAGUGACAUCACAGGUUCCAUUUUGUUCACAGUUUCCCUCUGUAAAUGUGCUUCUAAACACUCCUCUCUGAAAACCAAUAUCUGCUAUGCUAACCCCAGGCUGUAAACACAAGUCAAACUACAGAAAAGGAGCUUAUCAAACUUAAAGGUCCUAUAUUAUGCAUUUUUCAUUACUACUACUUGUAGAUGCAUUCAUUUUUGUCUUUCAUAUAAAGGAUGUAUCUAUAUGGAAAACCAGUGAAUGCAUAUGAUUUUUGUGUAUGCAAAAUACACAGCUACUGCAGGUUUCAUACCAGAUAUCCACUAGGUAACUUUAGCUAAACUGUGUAUUUGACGAUAAAGAGCUAUUUUAAAGCAUUUAUUGGCAUUUAUAGUAAGUUUAUAGAUUAUUUUAUGUGUAUAUAUAAUUAUUUAAGAGGGGGUAUUAUGCAACUCUUGCUGUCCACCAUGUUAUCUAUCAAUAUUGUUCUUAUCAAAAACAUACUUAUAGAUAUGGUUAGCAGGACGAGUACAAGGCUCCGCCCACAUGCCUGUCACCUAUACUCUUGCUCUGAAGGGGCAGUGAAGGGACGGAAGACUCAGAGCGUCAAAAAUGAAACUGAAACUUAUAAAACAUAUUAAUACGUUGUUUUUAGUGAAUUUUCAAAACAAUAAAAGGUAACAUAGUGAUCUAAGUAUGUUAAGUGUCCAUUAGUUCCCCAUAGAAGUGUAAUACCCUCUCUUUAACAUAUAUAACAACACUUUGCUCAAAGAAAGCAUACUUUUUAAUAGCCAUUAUUAAAUCUGGCAGCAGCAGCUCAUGGCUAGUAUCCAAGUUACAAAUCCCAAAAGUAUUUUUUGGGGUUUGUGUGUGGAUUAAAUCACAGUAUGUACUAAAUC